GAGUUACAUGUAUGUUCUACAUGUGAUAUUUGGUUUCUCUUCAGGUAUUACCCAAUCCUGGUGAACUUCACAUCACUCAGAAACAGGCCCAACUGUCACCUCAACAAAGUCAAGUAGUUUCCAUUUCAGUUGUGACGCGUGGCAAGUGGCAAGCUGCCAUCAAGCCCCAGUUGUAUUGUGCAGGCACGUCUAACCCUCGGAAGACGGGGAACAACAGACGAUAAACCAGACAGUGAGUGUGAGUGAGUUGUAGAGGACAGAGUCUCACAUUAACAUUGUCACUGCAAAAGGACCGACAACUUCAAGGCACGAGUUUUCCAAGCAAAAGAUGGAUGCAAUUAACCAACGGCGGGCAAAGCGUAUCUGUAUUAUGUAUUCUGCAAACUUCAGCCCAGUGUUGUGUGCCUGGUUCCUGAUGUUACUAUCAAACACUGCAACGUCUCAAACAACUGACAUUAAUAAUAUCACUCUGGCAUCUUUAGCACCAAACAGUACUGUGACAUCUCAAACACUUAACUCCACUGUAACAUCUGCAACACCAAUAAUCAAUGUGACAUCUCAAACACUUAACUCCACUGUAACAUCUGCAACACCAAUAAUCAAUGUGACAUCUCAAACACUUAACUCCACUGUAACAUCUGCAACACCAAUAAUCAAUGUGACAUCUCAAACACUUAACUCCACUGUAACAUCUGCAACACCAAUAAUCAAUGUGACAUCUCAAACACUUAACUCCACUGUAACAUCUGCAACACCAAUAAUCAAUGUGACAUCUCAAACACUUAACUCCACUGUAACAUCUGCAACACCAAACACUUCAGUAGUAACAACUCCAACACCAAUAAUCAAUGUGACAAACACUGCAACAUCUGCAACACCAAACACUACAGUAACAACUCCAACACCAAUAAUCAAUGUGACAUCUCAAACACUUAACUCCACUGUAACAUCUGCAACACCAAACACUACAGUAACAACUCCAACACCAAUAAUCAAUGUGACAUCUCAAACACUUAACUCCACUGUAACAUCUGCAACACCAAACACUACAGUAGUAACAACUCCAACACCAAUAAUCAAUGUGACAUCUCAAACACUUAACUCCACUGUAACAUCUGCAACACCAAACACUUCAGUAACAGUAGAAACAACUCCAACACCAACCGGAACCACUGCCACAUCUCAAACACUCAACACCACAGUGAAUGUAACAUCUACGACACCAAGCACAACUGUGGCAAUAAUAGAUCUAGACCUGUCCAACGGCAGCCUAACGUCCAUUCCUCCAGACCUUUUCAAGAACCAAAGCCAUCUUCAGCAAGUUGACUUGAGCAACAACCAGAUUUCUUACCUAACUGGGAGCAUUUUUGCAGCCUUAGUCAAUCUGGAGAAACUCAUUCUCAGUAACAAUGCUAUAAAAACCAUCACAGUCGAAGUUUUCAGGAACCUUACAAAUCUUAUUUUCCUGGACUUGUCCCAAAACGCUAUCAGAGAUCUCCUGGACAAUCUGUUUGUGGACAACAUAAACCUACAGGUCCUUAACUUGGCUGGCAACAACAUUUCUGAAGUUAGGAGAGAUACUUUUGUAGGUCUGAGGUCCCUCAAGCAGUUGUUCCUCAAUGCCUCUGGUCUGUCCAGCAUACACUCAUCCAGCUUCACACCCCUGGUGGAACUUAAAGAGCUUUACCUGCAGGAGAAUAACAUUUCCUUCCAAAUCCAAGCAGUCUCCAGAAUUCGAAGAUCAUUCACAGCAAACAUUUUCAGAAAUCUGCGAAACCUCAGACUUCUAGAUCUGUCUAAAAACUCUAUCACCUUCCUGCCAGAUAACAUGUUUGUGGACCUGAUAAAGCUAGAGGUCCUCCGCUUGGAUGGUAACAACUUCCCAACCAUUAGGGCAAACACAUUCACUGGUCUGAGGUCCCUUCAGAAACUGUUCUUGAAUGAUACUGGGCUGUCAACCAUCCAUCCAUCAAGCUUUCUUUCCACAGAGAAGCUUAAAGAGCUGUACUUACAGGACAAUGACAUGAAAUUUCUGCCCUGGGAUGCUUUGCAAGAACUGAACUUGACAGUGCUAAACUUGGGGAACAACAUUGGGUCAGUGGAGUACAGUUGUGAUCGGCUGCCAAACUGUGCAAUCAACAACCCAGACACUCCAUUUUCAUGUUGUAAUGACACAAUGACCUGCGGAGUAGAUUCUUCGAUUGGCCUUUGUAUGGUCAAAGCUACAGUCACAACCCCAUUGCCAAUUGGGAAUAUCGUUAUUAUAAUACUCAUGGCAAUACUCCUGACAUUGUUCAUUAUCAUUACAAUACUGUACUGCAAUCGGAAGUAUCUACAAGUGUGGCUGUAUAUGAAGUGUGGAUGGCGUUUUGAUCCGAAAGAUGAUGGCGAUGACAAAACGUAUGAUGCCUUCAUCUCCUAUAGCAGCAGGGAUGAACUUAUCGUGAUACGGGAGCUCGCACCUGGACUGGAGGAGCGUGGAUUCAAACUCUGCCUGCACUACCGCGACUUCCCAGUAGGGGCGUGCAUCGCAACAACCAUCAUAGAGACAGUGGAGGCCAGCAGGCGGACUGUCAUCCUCCUCUCGCAGAAUUUCGUGGACAGCGAGUGGUGCGCUCUGGAGUUCAAGGCCGCACAUCGACAAGUGCUGGAGGACCGACGGAACAGGAUCGUGGUGAUUGUCCUGGAUGACCUUGAGCUCCAGAACGUGGAUAAAGACCUGAAGUUUUACCUGAAGACAAACACGUACCUGAAGUGGGGAGAUCCCUGGUUCUGGAGCAAACUGUGCUACGCCUUACCCAGGGUGGGGAGGGGGGCACCAGAUUUUCAUGACCUCAUGUCUGACGAGGCCAGAACUCCAGAUGUGAAUAUAGUCGAACCUGUCCAGGCGACCACCUCUUCAACCCAACCAACUGGCCAUCGCGGCCGUACUUUCUCGGUCCCCAAAAUUUAACCCUGGCCAUUGAGUGAGCAUUAAGUGACCACCCAGAGCAACCACCUGGUCAACAUGACCGCGACUGCCACCAGUUGGGUCCGCCCAUGGCCCGGUCCCUACCGAUGGUAACCGGUUCAUAGGGCCAUAUAAUUCUGUACAUUUUUCAAUCAGUGGCGACAUUGAUUCUCAAACGGACCAAUUUGUCUUGCAUCUUUCGACUGCCGCACGAUAUUUUUGUCUAAGGACAAAGAUGGCCGCCACUCGGUCAUUUGGGGUCAAUGGAUAUGGGUGGGAAUUUCAGUGUGCUGUAAUUUUUCUCAGCUAGGCUUUAUGCCCAUUUGUUAUCACUAAAAUAAUUCACUGUGUGUGUGUGAUUAUUAUAGUGGGUUUUUGGAACAAUUAAAGUCACUGCACUACAGUUUGUAUCAUCCGUGGGUUGUCUAUACUGCACUUUAUGUCC